AUGUCCGACGAAAAAGUGAUACUGGUCGAUUUCGAGGGUGACCACCCUCAAGAUUGGCCUGCAAAGCGAAAAUGGACCAUCAUGUGUACCAUUUCUAUUCCGCUAUUUCUGAUGCCAUUGUCGUCGACUAUAACGACUCCAACCGUCAGUGCCAUUGCGGAUGAAUUCCACAUCUCGUCUUCUAUAACUGGUCCAUUGGCGUUGUCAUUAUUCCUGCUUAUGUACUCCAUGGGUCCAAUCCUGCUCGGCCCAUUCAGUGAGUUAUAUGGACGAUGGCCUAUUUUGCAGACUGGCAGUCUAGUCUACCUAGCUUUUAAUAUCGGGGCUGGCUUUUGCACAAGUAUAAUCCAGCUAUUGGUGUUCAGGCUUUUAAGUGGAGUUGGUGCCAGUGCAUCGCUAGCUGUUGGCGCGAGCAUGGUCGGGGAUGUGUUUCGCAAAGAGGAACGAGGUCUUCCCGUGGCUUUGAUUAGCCUAGGCCCUGUCCUAGGAUCAUGUCUUGGACCUCUCGUGGGCGGGUUCAUUGCAGACUAUACUACCUGGCGGUGGGCAUUCUGGUCGACUUCCAUCGCUGCCGGGAUUUUCCUUCUUCUCUGCCUUAUGACCGCGCGAGAGACUUACGCGCCCAUUCUCCUUCUGCGAAAGAAGAAAGCCAUCAUGCAAGAAGCAAGGCAGGAAGGUGAAGUCUACAACAUAGUAUGGAAGACACCAUAUGAAAAAGACGAAACCAUUGGCCAGCUCUAUCGACGCACCAUUUCCCGAUCUCUAUACUUCCUCGGCACGCAGCCAAUCAUCCAAGCUCUGGCAUGUUACUACGGCUACCUCUAUGGAAUUGUCUACCUCCUCCUCUCCAGUUUCUCAGAUCUGUGGACAAAAAAAUACCACAUGGCAAUCAGCACCGGAUCUCUCAACUACAUCGCACCCUGUUGCGGGUACUUCAUCGGAGCCCAAAUCUGUGCUUUUGGGACCGACCGUGUCUACCGAUACCAGGUAGCCAAGAACAACGGUGUUGGCAAACCAGAGUUCCGCCUGCCAAUUAUGGUACCAGCCUCCUUGCUAGUCCCUAUCGGUUUGCUCUGGUACGGCUGGAGCGCGGAGUACAAGACACAUUGGAUCGUGCCUGACAUUGGGAUCGCGCUUCCUUUGAUGGGUGCCACUAUAAUUUUCCAGUGUGUUAGUGCAUAUCUAUUGGAUACCUUCCCUGUGUAUGCGGCGAGUGCCAAUGGCGCUGUCUACAUCGUGCGAGGGUUGACUGGGUUUGGGUUCCCGCUGUUCAGCCCGGAGAUGUAUGCAACGCUUGGGUAUGGAUGGGGUAAUACCCUUCUAGCACUCCUGGCAUUGGUGGUUGGAUGUCCUAUUCCGUUCAUUCUGUGGCGAUAUGGGGAGAGGCUGAGGGCUGCGAGCAAUUAUGCCGAUCAAAUUAAGUAA